GCAGUAUAAGUAUAGGCGGAGAAAAGAGGUACAGAGACUAUAUCAUUCACGGUUGAAAAUACAAUAUAUAUAUUCUUGGGAAACGGGAUCAAAAAGAGGUUUUAAGCGUCAUCACUGCAGCUGCUAUACUUAUCACAAGAUUAAUAAAAGACAAAAGAGCCAAACAUCAGAAGUUAGAAAGUGAUUGCGUCAUCUAACCCUGCAACCGGGAAUCAAGGAGGCGAUUCCCCAGACACUCGCGAUUAAGUCAAAUAUUAAAGAGUAAUGGAUGAUAAAGUGACGAUAGAAGAAGCCAAAGAAAAUUUGGAAAAACUCAGAGGGAUAAUGAAGAGUACAGUCAAGGUUAAGCCGAAUGUGAACAUUCGCAACCCAUCGGAUUUGAAAGAUGUGAAAGUAAUCCACUAUUUUCCUAAAUGUGUAAAAGAAGUACGGGAAAACUUCAAGAAACAUUUGGACACCUAUCUCUCCGAUUUGAGGAAAAAAGGACCGACUGGGUAUGGCCCCAAAUUAGGUCAAGAAUGGCACAAAAUCCUGCACGAAUAUCUUACGAAACAAAAUCCAAACGAUAGCGAUAGGAGAAUAGGUAGAAGUGUUAUUGAAGCCGUGAAAGAGAACUUACCUGGAAUUGAGUUCUUGCAAAGCGAGUUUCCUCUGCAUGGCUACAUGACCAACAAAACGUUAGAUGUAUCUUUUUGGAGUGGAAAGGCUGACGCAAUCGGGUGGUAUGACAAUAAUUACGUCAUCGUGGACUGGAAGGCGGUUGAUAUUCUAACUUUUUGGAACGAACGUUUAAAUGAUGUACUUAGACAAUAUUUUCAUCAAUGCUUAGUUUAUGCCAAACUCUUAAUGGUUCAAUUGGGUCGUCAAAAGCUGCCGUAUAUUUUGAUUGUGCCAAUCAGCAACUUCACCGGAAGCCAAAUCCACCCGGGCCUGUUUUGUGAUUUUCCGCACGAAUGUAAAAAGAAACUAGAUGAGUACGACUGGUCAAAGGCGAUUAAUGAUUUUCCGAACACAUUGGAAAAGAAAUCAGAUCAAUGCAAAUCGUUAAAGAUUACGGUAAAAAAGAAACCGAAAACGCUUGCGCUUCCAAAGAACUUGGCUGCGAGUAAACUUAACGGUUUUAUCGAGGAAGAUAUGAUGGUAAAAGACGUAUUUAAAUCCAAUUGUACAGUGAAACAAAUGCUGGAAGCUUUUGGGUUUGAUAAACUGCUGGUGAAUUGAAUAUGUGAUGAACAUCACACAAACUUUGGUUUUGCCAUCAACAGUUACCAUUUAUCAAAGGUCAUUAGCAGAUGAGACUGCAUGCCAUUCUCUCUAUGACCAUUAGUAAAUAAAGAUAUUUUGGGAACAGCUGAUUGUAGAAGGGUAUUGAAGGUAAAAUACUCAAAACUAACCAGGGGAAGUUUAGAACUAAUUGUACAAAGAGAUUUGCAGAUCAAAUAACCCAAAUUAACCAGCAGCAGUUAGAGACUAUUUAUAGAGGUGUUUUGCAGACCCGAACCUAACCAGAAGUUAAGAAGUAACGUAACUUAACUAUGAGCAGUUGUAUUAGCCGCACUUAUGUAACAAACUUGGCUCAGCGGGUCAUUUUAACAGACCUUUUGUGAACCAGACCAUAUUUGCCAACUAGACCAUGAUAUUCUUAGCUUUUCAUCCUUUGGCAUGCAUGGUCAAGAUUGAACUUCACGAUUUUAAAGUUUUAAAAUGUUAAAAGUUGUUUUUAAUAAUUGUAAGUCUGAUAUACACAGCUUUAUAGCUAAAUAGCUAUAUCAACAAUCGGCCCUAGAACUGUUAAACUU